AUGGGAACAGCCGUCGAUUUGGUUAGUGGAAUGGCCGACGUCGUGACCAUCCUAACUCUUUUCGUCAGCCUGUCCAUGGCCUGGCGUGUCUGGCGCGCCCGCAGCUCGUCGGGCGUCGAGUUCCUGCCCGUGGCCGCGACCGCCGUGUGCCUGCACGCCUACGUACUGUACGGCAUCGCCACCUGCGACUCGCACAUCACAUGGGUCAACUCGCUCGGUUUCGCCCUGAUGGUCUUCAACUCCGCCGUGCACCGCACCUUCUCUACCCGGACGGGGCCCGGCGUGGCCCUGGCGCUGAUCCUCGUGGUCGUUAGGGUUGCGUCUCUGCCGCUGUCCGCAUCACAGUUGGGUACCAUAGGGGUCGUCUGCGCGGCGCUCGACAACUUGACGCCGGUCUGCCGCAUCGUGAAGAAGAAACCCUUGCCAGAGGUCGCCUCCGCGACACUGCUCACUUGCUCACUGUGGGAAACGUACGGCGUGCUCGUCGGGAGCGGGUCGCUGAUGGCGAGCAACGGGAUCGGCGCUUCCGUCGCCCUUGUGGAACUUGCCGCGGCUCUCUGGGUGCGGUGUCGACGCACUGUCUAUGUGGCCAUCGAAACGACGUCAUAA